AUGGCCGCGUCCACCCUGUCCGUCUGCUCCAGCGACCUGAGCUAUGGCAGCCGCGUCUGCCUGCCCGGGGCCUCGGACUCCUGCCCCGACUCCUCCUGGCAGGUGGACGACUGCCCAGAGAGCUGCUGCGAGCCCCCGUGCUGCGCCCCCGCCCCCUGCCUGACCCUCCUGUGCGGCCCCUCCUCCCCCUGCCAGGGAGACUGCUGCACCCCUGCGUGCUGCAAGCCCGUGUGCUGCACCCCUGUCUGCUGCAAGCCCGUGUGCUGCACCCCUGUCUGCUGCAAGCCCGUCUGCUGCACCCCUGUCUGCUGCAAGCCCGUCUGCUGCACCCCUGUCUGCUGCGAGAACUCCCCCUGCUCAGCACCCUCCUGCUGCCAGCCCAGCCCCUGCUGCAGACCCUCCUCCUGCGUGUCCCUGCUCUGCCACCCCGCGUGCCCCCGCCCCGCCUGCUGCGCCCCUGCCUCCUCCUGCUGCCGCCCGGCCUCCUGCGUUUCCUUGCUCUGCCGCCCCGUGUGCAGGCCCGCCUGCUGCACCCCUGUCUGCUGCCAGGACUCCCCCUGCACAACCUCUUCAUGCUGCCAGCCGUCCUGCUGCACCUCCUCCCCCUGCCAGGAAAACUGCUGCACCCCUGUCUGCUGCAAGCCCGUCUGCUGCACCCCUGUCUGCUGCAAGCCCGUCUGCUGCAAGCCCGUCUGCUGCACCCCUGUGUGCUGCGAGGACUCCCCCUGCUCAGCCUCUUCCUGCUGCCAGCCCAGCCCCUGCUGCAGACCCUCCUCCUGCGUGUCCCUGCUCUGCCGCCCCGCGUGCCCCCGCCCCGCCUGCUGCGCCCCUGCCUCCUCCUGCUGCCGCCCGGCCUCCAGCGUGUCCCUGCUCUGCCGCCCCGUGUGCCCCCGCCCUGCCUGCUGAGGCCACCAUUCUGAUAGGCACGUCCCCCCAGGGCCAGCUGAACACUCUGGGGACCCCCGGCUCUUCCCUGCCUCCUUCACGAUCUAACCCAGCACAAUCUUGGGCACACAGGUCAGCGUGAAUGUUCACCAUCUUCGGACCCUAAUAACCAGGGCCGAGCCGGU